AUGGCGACCGACCUCGAACAGCUCAUUGAAAUGGGCUUUGACAAGGAGAGAGCGGAGCUCGCGGUCGCGAAGGCUGGCAAUUUGCAGGGCGCGUUGGAGUGGCUCGAAAAGUACCAAGACAAGUCGCUGGAGGAGAUCAAGGCUGCGCAAGCUGAGGAUGAAGAAGCACCCGCCCUCAAGCCCGGCGAGGAGCCCCGCAGCUUGGUCUGCAAUGAGUGCAGCAAGAAGUUCCGAAGCCAGGCGCAGGCCGAGUUCCACGCCUCCAAGUCCGGACACGUCGACUUCUCAGAGUCCACCGAGGAAAUUGCCCCGUUGACCGAAGACGAAAAGAAACAAAAGUUGGAGGAGCUUCGGCAGCGACUGGCUGUCAAGCGAGCUGCCCAAUCCGUGGAGGACAAGGCUGCCGAGAAGCGCAAUGAGCAAAUCCGCAUGAAGAGCACGAAGGAAAGUCAAGAUGCGAAGGAAGCACUUGAGAAGAAACAACGGAUGAAGGAGGCUGCACAGAAGAAGAAGGAGCAGCAGGAGGCGAUCGAAGCGAAGAAGCGUGUUCAGGCAAAGAUCCAGGCCGACAAGGAGGAGAGACGUCGCAAAGCUGAACUUGCAAAGGCCGAACGCGAGGGCAGGGCCCUUCCUCAGCAACCCGAGCCGGCCCCUACUCCGGCUUCUGGCCCUGUCACCUCGAAGCCCGCAUCUGAACAUGAAGAUACUCGUCUGCGCUUCCAAACUCCGAAGGGGAACAUCAUGAAGAGGGUUCCUGUCACCACGACUUUGUUUGAGGUCGCCGAAGCCCUGAAGACGGAGGAUGGUGUCGAGGUGCAAAGUUUCGUUCAGAAUUUCCCCCGGAAGGUAUACAACUCCGAAUUCUUUGGCGAGUCGCUGAAGGAUCUGGGACUUGUACCUAGCGCAGCCCUGGUCAUUCAGUAA